AAUGAGAAGGAUCUUUGUUCUUCGUGUCACCGUUGGAGAAAAACAUUAUUUACAGUGUAUCGUUGUGGCAACAGCCUGCAAGAGCGUUCACUGGACUAAACUUAAUCUUCAGUUUGCUCUUCAGAAUGAGUGCUUCUGAUGUGAGGCUACUUUACAGGAAGCAUGACCUCAUUCUGCCUCUGUGCCGCUGAUUGCACAGGCUGUUUUCAAAAGGAAACAGGGGACUUGAUAGACCUUUCCUUCCAAAGACUCAGAGCUGAUCUCGUCCAGGAAGCUACACAUCUCAGAGGAUCUCCUGCUGCUGAUGAGAAAUUAUUUUGCAUACAUGUGUUUAUAGUGAAAUGGAUUUUUCCAGAUAAUCUAUAUUGCAUGUUAUCCCAAGGAGUAUGAAUCAAUCCUUUCCAAGAUGUAUGGAAUAUCACAUGUUACAUCGACAUCAAGAAGAAGUUCAACAGCGUUUAAUGGAGAGCACAGAUGCAACCUCUUACAAGGUGUUUUUCCAAGUUAUGCUUGUGCCUUUUUGGAUGAUGACCCUGCCUAUGAGUGUUGUUCCGCAGCUCCUCUGACAGGCUUCCUUUCCACAUGUCGCCAUAGCCCUCGACUGCUUUCUAAUGGUUAUUAUGUUUUGACUGAAGACAGUUUUCUGUCCGAUGAAGAGGGUAAUGUAACACUGACACCAACCCAGACAAGUGUUACAUACAAAGAGAAUUUAGUUCGUGUAUUCAGGCGAAGGAAGAAAAUCCGUCGCUCUAUUGACAGUUUAUUCAGUCUUGGUGCCUCCAGUUCAUGGCUAAGCAGCACUGUCCUCAGCAAUAUGGAUUCCUCCCAUGGAGAUGAUCCUUGGCUUUAUGGAUGCAGUAAGCUAGAGGCCAGUCAGAGCGAUUCUGUCACUGAAGAUCUUAUUAGAAGACGUGCAGAACAUAACAACUGUGAAAUUUUUUCAUUGGAAGAAAUCUCUUUACAUCAACAGGAAAUAGAAAAACUAGAGUAUCUUGACAAAUGGUGUAGAGACUUAAAAAUUCUCUAUCUCCAGAAUAAUCUAAUUCCAAAACUUGAAAAUGUAGGCAAACUAAAGAAGCUGGAAUAUUUAAACGUAGCUUUGAACAACAUUGAAAGAAUUGAAAAUCUGGAAGGCUGUGAAGAACUGAGGAAGCUUGACCUGACAGCAAAUUUCAUUGGUGAACUCUCCAGCAUUGAAGCCCUAAAAUACAAUGUACACCUGAAGGAACUGUUUCUAGUUGGUAACCCAUGUACUCAAUUUGAAAGUUAUAGACAAUUUGUAGUGGCAACUCUUCAACAAUUAAAAUGUCUGGAUGGUAAAGAAAUAGAACGGUCAGAGAGGAUUCAAGCACUUCAGAGCUACCCAGAAGUUAAACAGAAAAUCAGGGAACAAGAAAAAGCUUACCUUCUCCAAAGGGACAGAGAAAAAGAAGAGGCUCAAAUUAGGAUGCAAGAAAGAAAGGUCAAGGAAGAAAACCGAAAGGAAUCUAAGCUUGGAUUUGACAGCCCACACUCCCUACAGGAGAAAAAAAGUCACGAAGCAGGAGGUGAAAAACAAGAAAUGUUUAGAACAGUUGAAGAUAAUGAAGAAGACCGAAGAUUUUGGGAGGAGCCCACACCAUAUACUCCAGAAUCUAGAUUAGAAACUCACAGAUACAUUGAAGAAAAGCGGAGAGCUAAAGAGAAUGUAAGGGAAUCCAAAAGGAGAGAGAAACCUCUCCGACAAUUGGUCACAGCAGAAGGAAAAGUUCUGAAUGUGAAUGUGCCAAAGCUUCAUUUCACUUUGAAAGAUGAUGAAGAAAACAACCAGAUUGUCUUGGAUCUUGCUGUUUACAGACAUUUGGAUACUUCUCUGCUUGAGGUUGAUGUCCAGCCAACUUAUAUACGUGUACUGGUGAAGGGAAAGCCAUUUCAGAUUGUACUCCCUGAGGAAGUGAAGCCAGACAGCAGCUCUGCUAAAAGAUCACAAACAACUGGUCAUUUAGUUGUCAGUAUGCCGAAGGUUAAAGAAAUAAUCCUGGCUAAGCAAAAAGUAUCAACUUCAGUUAAACGUUCUGACUGCAAUACAUUACAAAAAAUUGCAAGAAGGAGUGGACAAGUUGAGAAAUUAGAAGUGGAUCCUAGUAAAUAUUCAUUCCCUGAUGUGACAAAGAUAAUCCGAGAAAAGGAACAAAGUGGACAGGGGCCUAUUAAGCUACAGCCAGAGAAGAUUCUUGAGACUAAGCAUACUUAUGUUGAUUUUGAAAAUAAUGAAGAUGUUCCUCCCUUAAUUUAAAACAUUUUUGAAUAGUGCCUCUAUCACUUACAGAGGUGUGUAUGCUUGGGUUGUUUUCAUUCCUCUAUGUGUAAAGUAAAUAUAUUACAUCUGAACAUGGACAUGUUACUACAUUUCUAAAACAGUAAUUUUGUUAUACCUGUUUUUUCCUCUGGUAAUUUCAGUUUGUGUAUUGCUAUAUGCAAAUUAUGUUUUUUCUAGAUUGUUUACCUAGUAAGCUAGUUAGCUUCUCUAAACUUAGUGAAAACUGUCAGUAGUAAAAAGGGAUUAUCUUGAGUCACCUGCUGUUGAGCAACCUCAGCCACUAGGUGUCCUGACAGUAACUCUGUGCUUACUGUCAGUCUUUCUUAGGUCAUGCAGGAGACGUGGUAGGGCUCUGGUAACUUGGGGGAAUACUUUUAGAGUAUGAGAAGUAUUCAGGAGAUUUUGUUAGACUUUGAGUACAGAAACAAAAUGUGGAUGUUGAGAUGACAGUGGAAUUUUGCACAGGAGGGUCGUGACAAAUUUCUGAGUUGGGUGAUUGUUGAAAUGAGAAACAGGUAGGGAUAUAUGACAUAAAACAAUAGGAGUUCAAGCCUUGUUGGCUCUCUUGCCUACAAAACAAUUGACUUAAUGAUAGAGAUCUACUUGAAUGUCUUUUUUAACCUUUUAAUUAGGAAAUAAGUAUUCACUACUGUAGUAAAAAUACACUGGACAGCAAAAAAAAAAAAUAUAUAUAUAUCACAAAGAUAGAAAGUUGAAUUUGGGCAUCACUUGAUCUGUUGUAGUCUCAUCUUGGAUUUUGUUGUGCACUGAUUUGAUUUUUCCAGUUUCAAAAUAAAUAAUUUCAUGGCAUAAACCUCUC